AUGGGUGCGUCCCUGUUCACCAAGAUCAUUUUCCAGCCGCCCGAUGCCACGUACAAGAGGGACGAGAACCUCAUCUGGCUGCACACCGCGGAACACGAGGUGAUUCCCGCAUUCUUCAUCGACCGCGACAAGAAGUUGACGCUGCUGUUCAGCCACGGGAACGCCGAGGACCUCGGCAUGAUCAUCCAGUACUUCCGCGAGGUGAGCCACAUCCUGGAGGUCAACAUCUUCGCCUACGAGUACACUGGGUACGGCAUGAGCACCGGGGAGCCGCAUGAGCAGGCGCCUUUUUACGAGACCCAGGCUGCGUUCAAGUACCUCAGGGAUAUCAUCGGCAUCCCGUGGCAAGAGGUGGUGCUCUACGGGCGCAGCAUCGGCUCCGGCCCCACCAUCUACCUCGCCGCCAAGACGGCCGUUCGCGCGAUGGUGCUGCAGAGCCCCCUGUGCUCCAUCUACCGCGUCGCCAUGGGGUCGAAAGUGGCGUUGCCCUUCGACAUGUUCCCGAACAUCGACAGGAUACGAGAGGUGAAGUGCCCGACGUAUAUCGUCCACGGCACGAAGGACGAGAUCAUCCCGUUCUCGCACGCGGAGGACCUGGUGAAGAAUUGCAGGCAGGGGGUCGCCUACCCGCCGUUCAUCGUCGAGAAUGGCGGCCACAAUAAUCUGGAGAUAGUCGCCCGCCAGCCUUUCUACGACAACUUCACGAAGUUCCUGCAGUGGCUCGAGAAGGAGAAGAUAUCGGAGGAGCUCCAGCAGCAGGCGGAAGAGUCCACCUUCUGA